AAUAACCUUACACGAACCAGUUUUCAAUUGGCUAAUCUAACUAUAACGAACUUUAGUUCGUUACCAUUCGUCGCCAUCGUCGUCAUUGUUGGUGCGCGACUUACGAGGUUCGGUAUCGUCUGAUCGUUCAUUCAGUGCGAUCGUAUCCACGCGGACGGUUGCUCGCCAUUCGCGCUUGCGGUGCGCAGUAUAGUGGUAGAAACUAGCAAUACAAGUGGUGAUAGUAUCGAUGUAAACUAUAAACGUGAUUGUUCCAAACACUGCAAAGUUAAGAAACUGCUAAAAACCAACAUCUCCAAUCAAGUGGACAUAAUUUUCCGGACUGCUGGAAAUCCGCUGUGAAAGAUAAAACUCUAUCACAGCUCUACGAUGCACACCUUCUCCAAUCAUCCGAUCGGGUUGCUCCCGAUGGAGCAGAACUAUGACCCCUCUAAACCUUCUAUUGCGGAUUUUUUUACCGGUCGAGACAUCUUUGUCACCGGCGGCACAGGAUUCAUGGGCAAAGUUUUAAUAGAAAAGCUUCUGCGAUCCUGCUCUGAGCUAAAUAAUAUCUACAUUCUGAUUCGUGAGAAAAAGCAAAAAUCGAUAAAGGAGCGUAUUUUGGAGAUGCAGCAGCUACCGUUGUUCGACAAACUUCGCGAGGAGCAGCCGGAACUAUUAAAUAAGAUGGUUCCGGUGCAAGGUGAUGUUUCCCUUCUAGGGCUCGGCCUGUCUCAGAAUGAAAUCGAGCUGAUGCGCAAUGUGUCGGUCAUCUUUCACGUAGCCGCCAGUGUACGAUUCGACGAUCCACUCAAGACCGCAAUUUUGCUGAAUACGCGCGGUACACGUGAGCUGGUUCACUUUGCAGAACAGUUACCUUCACUUCGUGUGCUAAUGCACGUUUCUUCUACCUAUUCGAACCCAGAUCGAUAUGUAAUUGAGGAAGAGGUGUAUCCAGCCUACGCCGAUUGGCGAGACACAAUACGCAUUGCGGAAACCUUCGACGAGCAGACGCUCGAUGUGCUCGCACCGAAGUAUAUGGGAUUCUUGCCAAACACGUACGUGUUUACCAAAAGUCUCGCCGAACAGAUUGUAAAUGAGCAUAAGGACCGUCUGCCCAUGAUUUUGUUCCGGCCAUCGAUUGUCAUCUCGUCCAUGAAAGACCCUAUUCCAGGCUGGAUGGACAACUUCAACGGCCCGGUUGGGUUGUUGGUCGGAUGCGGCAUUGGCAUAUGUCGUACAAUGUACUGCGAUCCCAACAACAUAGCCGAUUUUACACCGGUGGACGUGUGCAUCAAGGCAAUGAUCGUUGCCGCGUGGAAACGUGGCACUGAACCAAUGCCCAGCAACUCUAAUCAAGAUCUUCCGAUAUACAAUUGCUGCAUUUCCAAUUUGAGAAACUCUACCAUGUCACAGAUUGUAGAGAUGGGUCGUACCUUAUCCGAUGAGAUUCCACUGGACAAAUGCAUUUGGGCCCCUGGUGGGGGUAUUACACAAAUUCGUAUACACAACUUGAUACGAGUGCUUCUAUACCACAUACUGCCUGCUAUUUUAAUUGAUGGAAUAUUUCGUCUGAUGGGUCAAAAGCCGUUCUUGGCGAAAUUACAAAGGAAAAUCUACACAGCAAACGUGGCACUCGAGUACUUUAUUUUGAACAAUUGGGAUUUUAAAAAUGGCAACUUUAUAAAACUAGCGUCGGAAAUUAAGCCAGAAGACAACAAAGACUUCUACUACCGUGACUUUAUUGAAUUCGAUGUAACACUGUACUUUCGCAAUUGCAUUCUCGGGGCCCGGCGGUACCUACUGAAGGAGAAGGACGAAAAUAUUCCGAGAGCACUUACACACCUCAAACGGAUGAAGCUGUUGGAUAAAAUAUGCAAGACUAUCAUUGUGGCAGUCUUUCUGUACAUUAUUCUUAUCCAGUUUGAUCUGCUCGGUAUGAUACUUUACCUCAUUUCUUAUAAACCAUCAUACGCUUUAGAUAUCGAUUGUAAAUGAAUGUCGGCAUUAGUAGGAAGUUGUUCGUAAUCGCGCUUUUAGAGCAACUUUGGAAGCAUUAAAGCGUGUUCGAUCAUUAAGGUGCUGUGGUCAGUCACAUGAAUGAUAAAAUAGCUCUGUUUUUGAAAAAAAAUUAAUCACAAUGAUAGUUUGUACAGCAACGGUUUAUAAAUCGUGUCACUCUUUAUCUUUUUUAAAAUAAAAUGGGAUCUGAAUGGUACUGGAAGCAACA